UUUAGCGGUAGACAUUUCUGCAGAGCGCAUCUCCUGACUCGCGAAGCGUCUGUCUGAUUCUGUCAGUAGCAAAUGCCUCGAGUGUGGGCUUUUCUGUGUACGGCGGCGGUGAUGCCUCCAUGGCAGAGCAAAUACACGCUAGCUGUAGGCAGAGGUGUUACACUUGAAAGACUUGUCAGACAAGCGUUGCCGCACUGUAGGAGGCUCUGCUUGGCAAAGGAUAAAGAGAUAUGCUUCAUCGAGGCUUCGGAGAGCGAGCAGCCUGGAUAUCACUUCAAGCACAAAGGCGCAAAGGAAGCAACGCAGGUGCGUAGAUUCUGGCGGCCUUUAUAGGCGCUGCGAGCACAUCUCGUAGCAAAUGUGAGUCAUUCAGUCUGACUCCCGUCGGCGUUGGUCGUCUGCUUGCUGCAAAGGUUAUUCGUUGAACAGGUGAAAGUCGUGAUGACCGAAAGUGAUCGAAAGUACAUUCUAGCGCGACAG